AUGUCGUUUGAUUACACCACAUCCAGUACUGCUAGUCACCAACACCAACAGGAACAAGAAAUGCUUUCGAGUUUUGCCGUUCCGAAACCACCGGUCAGUACCCAACAAUCUAGUGCUGCAGCUGAAAGCGAUACGAUUGCCUCUAAUGAUGCACCGCGAACUUUAUGGAUGGGUGAUCUUGACCCUUGGUUGGAUGAGGCAGCCAUUGCCGAUCUUUGGUACCAAUUGCUAGGCAAGAAAGUCACCAUCAAAAUCAUAAAGCCGAAAAAUGUCAGGGGAUCAAUGUCAUCAAGUGGAUUGUCUCAUUCAGGCUACUGUUUUGUGGAGUUUGAGUCAUAUGAGGAUGCUCAACAGGCCUUGAGCCUCAAUGGUCAACUUCUCCCCGAUAUCGCUAUGCCAUCUCAGCAACUGUUCCCCAACAAUCCAGACAAUCAAAAGAAAUACUUUCGUCUUAAUUGGGCAUCGGGUGCAACCUUGACUGCUCCUAUAGUACAAGGACCCGAAUAUUCGUUGUUUGUUGGCGACUUAUCGGCGUCAACCACAGAAGCGCAUCUAUUGGCGUUUUUUCAAAAAAGCUUUCCCAAUUCCAUCAAGACAGUUCGAGUUAUGACCGAUCCCGUUACGGGAAAACUGAGAUGUUUCGGUUUUGUUCGCUUCACAGAUGAGUCAGAAAGACAGCGUGCCUUGGUCGAGAUGAAUGGAGCAUGGUUUGGAGGAAGGCCCUUGAGGGUUGCUUUAGCGACACCUCGAAGUAGUGGAAAAAGAUUUGGUUUCCAAAAUAUGUAUCCAUUCUGGGGCGGAGGGGCUCCAUAUUACCCUUAUGGAUACGCUGGAGCUCCAGGUCUGCCCGAUUACGGAAACAUGGGAGGACUCAAUGAAGAAGAUGAUUACGGAGGUGCACCACCACCACCUCCCCCUCCCCCUCCUCCAGGUCAAAUACCAUAUCCACCACCCGUCCAGCAAUACACCGAUCCCAAUAACACAACGGUGUUCGUUGGCGGUCUUUCUUCGGACGUUAAUGAGCAAACACUUUUUACUCUAUUCAAGCAAUUUGGUAUAAUACAACAAAUUAAAAUUCCACCAGGAAAGAAUUGUGGUUUUGUCAAGUAUACCAAUCGAGAAGACGCUGAAGAGGCCAUUGCGUCCAUGCAAGGAUUUAUCAUUGGCGGAAAUCGAGUGAGAUUGAGUUGGGGAAGAGUGCUGGCAAGUAACAAAAAAUUCCAGCAACAACAGCAUCAAGUUGCUCAAGCGGCUCAGAUGGAGGCAGCAGCAGCUCUAUCUAUGGGUAUGGACCCUUCUUCGGCCAUUGCGGCGGCAGCUGCGGCAGCUGCUGCUGGAUAUCCUAUGGGACAAAUGCCAAUGGGAAUGAUGAAUUAUCAUCCAGGAAUGCGUGGAAUUCAAGGCCAUCCUGUUGGAGGCGAGGGUUCACAGCUGCCAGCACAACUUAUGGAAGGACAAGGACAGUAUGCUGGUCAGCCACCUCCUUUCGCUGAGCAAUUGCAAUAUGAUGAGCGACUUGGAAAUUUACCUGGUCAAAUACUGGGCCAGAUUCCGGGCCAGGUUCCAGGCCAGGUUCCUGGACAAAUGCCUGGGCUUUACUUACCGAGCCAGAUAAUUCCACCACCGGGUGCUGCACCACCAGGUCAAGUGUGUGCAAUGGGAUCGAUUCACUCGAAUGGAAAUGAGUUUAGUGCACCGGAAACUGGAGUGGAAAAUUUGACAUCUACAAUUGCACAAAUGUCUGUUGGAGAAGGAACGAUGAAGAAGACGAUAAUACCACCCGGAAUCCAGCCCGAUCUGGCAGUUUUAGCAUCUGAAGAGGGUACGACUGUAACUACAAAUGGUAUCGAGCAUGCGAAACAAGAAAAGAGUGGUGAAAAAAUCGGUGAAAAAGUCAAGGAAAAAGAAAGCAAUGAGGAUAAAGCGGAACAAAAAGGGACAGGUAAGGAAUUAGGCGAUGGAAAGGCAGGCGAAAGGGUUACUGGCGGUGAAAAAGUGAGAGGUUCCGCAUCAACUGUUGAUGAGAAUGAACCAAAAAAGAACUAA